UUUACCAAUCAUAAAUUGAUGUAAAUUAUAUUAUUCGUUACAUAAGAAUCAGAUUUAAUGGUUGUCCGGUUUUAUGACACGAUAUCAAAAAGAUAAGUUGAAACACCUUGCAAAUUCUAUAGUACGUCUAAUCAUAGCAUGCCAUUAAUGUUGUGACGUGUUAUUUUUUUUUAACUAAAUAAACAGCGAAUUAAUCGCGAAGAUUGGCUGAAAACGUACAAAUACCUUAGAAAGGUAAAAUGAUGCAAGAUGAGCAUCUGGGUGGUCCUGCAAGACGAAAUGUUUUCAGUCAAGCAAUAGGAAGAAUAUCACAAUUAUAUCAAAGAUAUUUGGAUCUUUGGACACCUCACGUAGUAUCAAGAUGGGCAGUUGCUCUCUUUCUCAUAUUUGUUUUUUUCUUGCGUAUAUUUUUGUCAGAAGGAUGGUAUAUUGUCACAUAUGCAUUAGCAAUUUAUCAUCUAAAUUUAUUCAUAGCAUUCCUUACUCCUAAAAUUGAUCCUGCAAUGGAUUUUGAUGAUGGUGAAGGACCAGAGUUACCUACAAGAUCUAAUGAAGAAUUUAGGCCAUUUAUUAGAAGGUUACCUGAAUUUAAAUUCUGGUAUUCUGUGAUGAAAUCUACAGUUAUUGCUAUGAUAUGUACUAUGUUUGAUUGCUUCAAUGUACCAGUAUUUUGGCCCAUACUUGUUAUGUAUUUCAUAACAUUAUUUUGCAUUACUAUGAAGCGUCAAAUAAAGCAUAUGAUCAAAUACAGAUACCUGCCGUUCACUCAUGGAAAACCAAAGUACCAGAAUCACGAGGAUACCUCGAGGUUAAUACCUUCAAAGUGAAUAGGUGUGAAGUAUGCUUGUUGAUGGAGGUGCAUAAGAGUCCUCCCGUGGAAAUUUGGUGAUGGGUGUCGUAGAAUUUAAAACAGCGAAAUUGAUUUUCCUCCGAAUACGAACGCGUUCGCGUUUUUCUUGAGCCUGAGCAUUACGUUAAAAUGAAAUAAAGAAAUUAAAGAAAGGGAAAGAAAAAAAAAAGAAGGAAAGAGGAAAAAUAUAAAGGGAAGCGAGUGUGAAGGGAGGCGAAAGUGACGAGCAUGAAUGGAUGUAUGAAUGGGAAAGAAUGAGAGGGCAUCUUUUUCCUAAUGGUAAUUCGAAAUAAAAAUGUUAACUCAUUGCCGCAUA